AUUUUAACCCUAAGUUUUAGUCCUAAACCAUUGAUUUUGAAUUUUGACAGUUUUCCGAAAAACGUCAAAAUAGAAGUACUUCCCUAUAGGCCUAUAGUUGCUCGUUUUAUGUAGAUAGCAAAUCGGCCAGCUGGCUAAUCGUUUAGGGAGUGAGUUAAACAUGUCACUUGCAGAACAGUCUCAAAAAUGGUUUCCAACACAUGUCCAAGCCACAGUUUUCCAGGCCAAAGACUUACAACCCAAAGGCAAAAAUGGCACCAACGAUGCCUAUACCAUCAUUCAGCUGGGAAAAGAGAAGUACUCCACAUCUGUGGCAGAAAAAACACUGAACCCUGUCUGGAGAGAAGAGGCCUCCUUUGAGCUUCCAGGUCUGCUUCUUGAAGGAAACCCAGAAAUAUAUGAGCUAUGCCUAACAGUGAUGCACAGGUCAUUAGUGGGGAUGGAUAAAUUUCUGGGCCAGAGGAUCAUCAACCUCAAUGAAAUAUUUGACAACAAGGAACGAAGGAAAACUGACUGGUUCACCUUAGAGUCCAGGCCAGGCAAGAAGAAGAAGGUGCGUGGCCAGAUCCAAGUCGGCAUUCAGUUCAUGCGGAACAACAUGACGGCCAGUAUGUUUGAUCUGUCCAUGAGGGACAAGCCCCGCUCGCCCUUCUCCCGGCUCAAGGACAAGGUGAAGGGUCGCAAGCACGACGGGCUGUUUUCCGACGCCUCCUCUGCCAUCCUGCCCCGCUCUGCCCUUUGUGACGCCGAGGCCCAGCCCGCCACGGAGGACUGCCCGGCGAAACCCAAGCCCAAGCGCCCCCUGCUGCUGGGCCCGCAGAAACUCUCUGCUGCCCACUCAAUGUCUGACCUCGUUGGGACUCACUUCCGACCCAAACUUGAGUCCAUGAACUCCAUUGAAGAGAGUGGCAAUGCCCCCACUCCUCACCGGAGGUCCCAGAGCGAGGUGCCGGGCCACGGGUGCGAAGACAAAGAGACACUCGGUGACCCAUUCACCGACAUUUGCGACGCCCUGCCCCAGAAGUACGCCACACUCCCGCGCAAUCGAAACCCCUUUCAAGUGGAGCCACCAUCGGCCUGGGAGCGGCCAGAGCGCAAGGAUAAGAAGGAGAAGGUCAGUCUGCUGGAGCGAGUGACAGGGAAGAAGGAUGGCCGAAAAGUCAGCAACGGUGGCCGCUCUGGAAGCUCAGGGGACCUCCGCUCCCCAAACCCCUUUAGCAGUGACACAUCAGCUGACACCAACCCCUUCAAUCAACACUACAAACUCAGUGGUAAUUUGAGAAAGCCAACAAGUAAUGAGGACAUCAGUCUGAGCCGGCAGAAGUCCCCAAGCAGGGAGGACAAUCACGGCUGCAGGAAUGAUGCACGAGGGACGGGGGUGGCGGACGUGGCCUCCUACAGCAGCCUGUCCUUCAACGAGGUCGUGCAGGAGCUCAUCAAGCAGAAGGAGGUGGUGAAGAAGAAGGACGCCCACAUCCGCGAGCUGGAGGACUACAUCGAUGACCUGCUCGUCCGCGUGAUGGAGGAGACCCCCAGCAUCCUGAGGGUGCCCUAUGAGCCCAAGAAGAAAGCUGGCAAGUUUUCCAAAAAGUAGCGGCAAGCCAGGAAUCCCAGCAGGUCACUUUGGGCUAUUAACUUUGAUCCAGGAUGAAUUGUGGGUAACACACACAAAGGCAGGAAAUGAGGAAAAAAACUAGUUGACAUUUACAUGAAAGAAUACAAAUUGUUGCCAUUUUCAGUUUGAAAUGGCACAGCAUUGAUUUUUUUUCAUCCCCUGUGAGUUUGUCAAAUCUAGCAGCGGAGGAUCAGAUGUUGGAAGCUGGUAGUGGUGUAAUGGCGCUAAUACCAUUUGCUUUUCCCAAUUGUAGAAAGUCUCUGCGAGCUGUCAUGUUUUGUAUUGAUACCUUGUUUGCAGGUUGGAAAAAGCACUGCUAAUUACAGGACUCUGCCUCCUCUGCACAAUGUGCUAUUUAAGCCGCAGUCCCAAGGUGAAUCUGAUGGAUUUUAAACAGUUGUGUAAACGUUUGCCAUUGAUAAGUGGGUGAAAAAUAAUCUGUCUUUUGUCAUCCCUCAAAAAUCCAGUGAUGUGUGAUAGAGAGGCCCAUCCCCCCUGGCUCCUCUCCACCCGCUGCCCCUCAAGCAUCCCUUUUAAUUGUUCUAUUUAAUUAAGUGCACAAAGGAAACAAGUCAGAAAAUCAUUUGACAACACAGGUUUUCUGAAUGUUUUCUUUUUUCCUGCACUUCGAAAAAUUUCUCAGCUAAAAUGAGGCCUUUGAAAUGCCACCGCCACACAUAUGUGCUAAUGUGAUAAAGGGUGUUUAAACAACAUCAAAAGCCCAGACAGCUGGUGGAGCGAUUUCGUGUGUUUGUGUGUGUGUGU